AUGAGUAAAAAUUGCCGUUAUAAGUUCUUGUCCCAUUUCUACCGAUCACAUUGUUACUCACUCAUCAGAGUUCAUGUCUGUAGCUUAAUCAUGCCAGGUUACAGUUUGGCUGCAGUUGACCAGUCAGGAAUCGACGAAAAGAGUCUAUGCCCUAAAUGUAAGGGUCUUCUCAAGGAAGCUGUUCAGACCAUAGAGUGUGGUCACAGAUACUGCAAAACAUGCGUCGAUGCCCUGUUAAAGUAAGUUAAUAUGAUCGUGGACGACGAAGUAAAAUUUAAUGAAGGCGAAAAUAGUUUAAGAAGAAAAAAACAUUUCUCAACAAACAACCAAAACACGCUUGGCUUAAGAAGUCUGGCUAUGGUAGCUAUAGACUCUUCCCCGUUGAUGUUGUUGUUGUUUUUUUUCGUCAAAACAGCUUAGACUUACGCCUUAAAAUUCGUAAAGAUGCCAAAUUUGAACGUGAUUGGUUGAAAACUAACGAAGAUUUAGCUUCGAAAAGUCACCGAAUUUCAAAUUUCACUGAAUUCAGUGGAAGUUGUUGAUGCACACUGAUUACUUAACAAAUGACCCGUUUAUUCAGGAAAUUUGAAAAUGAAUCUUUUCAGGGUCAGAACUCCCUGAGCUGUUGACGAAAGGUUAUGGGUAUUUAAAUGAAUUUACAAAAGCGUUUAUUUUACUCUUUUUUGUCUCUGAUUUAGCCAUGGAGAUGGAAAGUGUGUUAUUGAUCGAUCAAAUAUUAUACCAGAACAGGUAAGUUUACUUCAUUCCUUUUUCUUACGUCAUAUCUACUUUUGGACUCCUUUUUUUUCCAGUAAAUCCUUUUCUUUUCGAUUGUAAGCAAGAUUACAAUACAGGAAAUAUUUUGUUUCAUUUCUUUUUCCCGCUUUUUGCAAGUUUCAACAUCUAUUUUUGAUUUAAACACUUCCAAUAAAUUUCCCUCCGCUACUCAGAGGCAUAACAAUUUUACUAUAAUCGCCACCUUCAUUUAAGAAAAAGACGGUUAUUUUCUUUUAGAUAAUUUUAAAACAAUCUUGUACAUAGCGUUUGGAAACCAAAAUACCUAUGACAAGACACAGAUUUACGGCAACCCAUGUAACUAAAUCGAAGUGCCUCUCUCUUCCUGAGCUCUUACUGGAGGAGGGUCAUCCACUAGAAGAUAAGCGUUUGUUUUUUCUAGAUGCUGCAGUUUUUAUUCUUUCCUUGCGUAAACUAUAUAUUUUUUUGUCUUUUUUUUUCAAUCUGUAUCACAUGCAAACCGAGCAUGCACUGGAGUGAAAUAAAUCUCAUUCUCUUGUCUUGCCUUGUCAUUCUUGUCUUGUCCUAUAAGAUUUUGAACAAAGAAAUGUUACGGAGACCGGAUGUGUUCGCAUGUUGUCAUUUUCUAUUUUUAUUUGUGAGAUCAGUAUUAACUCUGGGUUUCAAUAACAUUUCAGGUGUUCUUGGACAGAUUUAUUGAACGUGAAAUCCAAUCAAUGUUGGUUCAUUGUGUUCAUCAUGAUCAGGGUUGCGAUUGGAAAGACGAGUUAAAGAAACGAGAGGUAUACAGUAGUAGUGUCUCUGAAGAACUUAUCAGUUUAUUUUUCUCUUUUAUUUAGUAUCGUGCUUCCUUCAGCAAAGUGUGCGGGUACAAACGAUACGGAGAUCUGUGUGGCGACACCCUUAUAACUCAAGUUGUUUAAGCCGGUAUUGCGAGCGCUAGACUUAAUAGAUUUUUUCUCUGCAAAUAAUUUACAUAUGAAAAUUGUGUUAAGUUCCCAGAGGAAAGAAACGCCUUUGUUCUUGAUCACCAAAUUGAACGUGGCCGCCUUGAAGUUAAGUACAUGCAAAGCAACGAUUUGUUUUGUCAAGAGAGAUGGGACGUGACUCUCUUAUUAUAAUCAAGGGAGUUAAAUUUCUCUAGUGCACUUAUUUUCGAUUUAGACUAAUAUGCGAUUUCAUGGUGCCCCGCACCAGACUUUCCAUGUUUGUCAUUACAAAACAGUAGGUUAUUUUUUUUUACGGUUUUUGACCAUGCCGUGAACGAUAUCUUACGGAUAUCAAAUGUUCUUUAUCCUAGUUAUAUCCUUGGAGACUCCGGGGAGGAAAAUCUUUCCAUCGAUUUCCUGCUUGACAUCUGACUACAUCACUAGUUCAACUGAAUAAAAUUGCCGUUAAAGUAUGCAUGUACAUAUACGUUUUCAGGAUCAUGAAGCAGUCUGUGCAUACGUUCAAGUACCAUGUGUCCAUUCAAAAUGCGGGGAACUAGUGACUAGGGCAAAUCUGGUAGAACAUCUUGAGCAUUCAUGCAAGUUCAGAAUGGAAAAAUGCGGGUACUGCCACGCUUUGGUAGAAAAUGCAUUCAUGAAGGUAGAUGUUAAGUUAUUUUACUAAGGUUUACUUUUUUGUAUGUUUGUUUUGUUGUUGUUGUUGUUGUUGCUAUUACUUAUAUUUUAAGCCCAAUUUUCUAACAAUAGGUAUGCAUCCUUCCUCGUAAUGCAGCUUUAGGUUUUGUCGUAAUAUGCCGUUUUUUCUCUGCAAAUAAUUCGUCGUAUCGCCGUACUAAAAUUUUCUUAACUUUGGAUUAACCUACCUUAUAGUUUCUUGUUUCUUGCAAUCUGGUCUUUAAUGGCUGAUUGCCGUUUUAAAAUCCCUGAAAACCCAAAUGAAUGUUUAUGAAUCAUGGAUCUUCAGGUGAAUGAAUUAUAUUGCUGCUGUAGUAGAAACGAAAUAAUAUGGUAAGCUAAUCAGGUAUUAUUAUGCACAGGGUCACCAGGAAUCUCAGUGUCCUUCAGUCCCUACAGUUUGUCCAGAGUGUGACAGGAAAGACAUUCCUCGAGCUCAGGUGAGUGUUUCCGCCCCUCGUAAGGAAUCCAAGACAGUCUUGGAUUCUGGAUCCCAAGCCGUUGAUUUCGGAUUCCAGGUAGUGGGUUCCAGUCAGUGUCAGUGGAGUUUGGAUUGUGGAUUCCAAUCGUUAGUAGGAUUCCGCAUUCCACAAGCAAAAAUGUCCCGGGUUCUGGAAUCCGGAUUUCCUUACAUGGAGCUACACGGGGCGAAUAUCUACUGAGGCUGCCGUCUCAAUCAACAUGUACAUUUAAUUUUAUCUUAUUUGAAUGGGUAAUCCCAUGAUUUCCAGUGCAAUUUGAAAUAAAUAAUCACGAGUAUAUUUUUCAAAGACCAACAAAGUGCACGAGCCAGUAGGGCAAGUGCACUUCGAUGUGGCCUUUGAGGAAUUUACGUAUACAAGUGCUUAUUUAUUCCAAACUGGAUGAGAAAAAUUAUGUGAUUAACUGAUUAAUUUACUCAAAUUUAUCAUAUAUUGAGUGUUUUCAAUUCGCCUUCCGUUUAUCAAUAUGUAGAUGCUAUGUACAGAUCAAUUUUUUGAAACAACUUUAUUGGUUUUGAUCUUAACCCGUUUAGAUGUCUGCUCAUAUUGAUCCAGUGAAUGGAGACUGCGAGGGAGUGCUAUCACAUUGUCUGUGGACACAGAUUGGGUGUUCCGAGACUAAGGUAUGGAAACUGCGACUUCAAUUCAGUUGAUUAAGAAGUUGAUAGUUUCGUAAAUAUUGAAAGAGAUGAGCAUGGUAAAAAAGAAAAAGCUACACUGUAAAUGGUAUACUGUGUCAGCGACGGAAUAGAAUACGAGAGUAUAAUUGUCUGCCGAAACAGACGAUUUUUCAGCUCAUGCUGGCUAUUUCCAGUCAAAAAAAAAAACAAAACAAAACAAAACAAAACAAAUAUAAUAUAUAUAUAUAUAAGGCAGGUACUUAACUGUGAUGAUUUUAAGACUAAUUAAUUUGGAAGACCGUAGUAUCCCCAAUUGUACUAUCAAGUUAGAAUACACUCUAACUAUGCAUCACAUGCAAACGGGAUGUGAUCAUAACCUUCAAAUUUAUAUACGUUAACUUGUGCAGAACGAAAAACCCUUGUCAGUGGUUGGAGUAUAGUAAGUGCAAAAAUUAAGUAUCUUUCGCUAUAUCAGCCGUUCACGUCUUUUGAUUCAUUCUAGUUCAACAUGAACGAGAGCUUUACACCAGUCAAAGUGUAAGUAAACAAUAGCUUUAAAAAUUUGAAACAACAACAACAAAAAAAAAACUAACUAGUUAGGUACCCUUAGUGCAAUUUAGUAAGUAAUUUUACAUCAUCACUUAGAACUCUCUUUCUUUCUUUCUCUCUCUUGAUUAUUUUUCCAGACUAUGAAGAAUGUCCUUUCUUUCUAGGUACUUCUUUCUGUACGGAGACAGGUGGACUACGAGGAGAAAGUCUGGCAAUACGUUGAGAAACGUUAACAACCUUCCUUGCACGCUCUUAGACCAUUAAACAGUGUGAAUGGAGUAAAUCUCCCUGCGCAAACAGAAUUGGAACAUUUUUCCAAACAAGUGGAGAAUGUGCUAAAGGAAAACGAUGAAUUAAAAUCUAAAGUAGUUGAACAAGAACAGCGAAUACAACAGUUGGAGGGCGCUGGACAGAAUGGCCCUCUACCAGGAAACUCAGCUGGGGCUGCGCUCUAUUCGCCGUUAGGUGAGGAUCUUUUGAACAGAAUAAAUACAGGAGAGGUGAAGAUAGCCGAUCUAGAAGUUUUGUUCGUUGAAGGCAACAAGCUUAACGAAGAGAUUCAGCGUCAAGUCUCUAGCAUAGCCAGGCGACAGGAGUCUUGGAAUGGGACCGUGGAUAGACUACAGAGACAGUUUGAAUCCAUGAGUCACUCAUUAGCCCUUCGAAAUGUAAUGAUGACCGAUUUGGAUGAACAUGUUAGAGAGCAACAAGUUUCUAGUCAUGAUGGAGUCUUGGUUUGGAAGAUUUCUGACUUCGCCAAAAGAAGACAAAAUGCUGUCACUGGAUAUGAAACGUCGUUUUACAGCCCUUGUUUCUUUACCAGUCGCUAUGGAUACAAGAUGUGCGCACGCGUUUACUUGAAUGGUGAUGGCAUUGGAAAAGGUACGCACAUUUCAGUCUUCUUCGUGGUCAUGCGUGGUGAGUACGAUGCCCUUCUCCGCUGGCCAUUUAGACAGAAGGUGACGUUCAUGUUGUUAGACCAGAACAACGUGGAACAUGUGAUCGACUCGUUCAGACCUGAUCCCAACAGCUCCUCAUUCCAGAAGCCAAGAAGAGAAACAAACAUCGCCAGUGGAUGCCCUACAUUCUGUCCCCUAUCCGAAGUAAACAAUCAUGCAUAUAUUAGAGAUGACGUCAUGUUUGUGAAGGUCAUUGUCGACACCACCGAUUUGUAA